AUGUCCACAACCACAUGUCCACAACUACGUGUCCACAACAACGUGUCCACAACCACAUGUCCACAACCACAUGUCCACAACUACGUGUCCACAACAACGUGUCCACAACCACAUGUCCACAACAACGUGUCCACAACAACGUGUCCACAACCACACACCCACAACCACUUGUCCACAACCACAUGUCCACAACCACAUGUCCAUAACCACAUGUCCACAACCACAUGUCCCCAACCACACACCCACAACCAACAUGUCUACAAACACAUGUCCACAACAACGUGUCCACAACCAUAUGUCCACAACCAAAUGCCCACAACCACAUGUCCACAACCACAUGUCCACAACAACGUGUCCACAACAACGUGUCCACAACCACAUGCCCACAACUAUGUGUCCCCAACCACAUGUCCACAACCACAUGCCCACAACUACGUGUCCCCAACCACAUGUCCACAACCACAUGUCCACAACUACGUGUCCACAACCACAUGUCCACAACAACGUGUCCACAACCACAUGUCCACAACAACGUGUCCACAACCCCAUGUCCACAACCACAUGUCCACAACCACCAUGUCCACAAUCAACAUGUCCACAACCACAUGUCCACAACCACAUGUCCACAACCACAUGCCCACAACCAACAUGUCCACAACCACAUGUCCACCACCACGUGUCCACAACCAAAUACCCACAACCACACGCCCACAACCACAUGUCCACAACCAAAUGCCCACAACCACACGCCCACAACUAUGA